AUGAGACUCUCCAUCCUCUCCGUCCUCUCCUUCGUUGGCGCCGGCAUGGUGUCCGCCCUUCCCCAAGAGUCCAAUCUCUCCCUGAAGCGCUCGGAUUCCACCAAGAGCGGCAAGCCUGAUACCUCGGAGUGUGUCGGUCCUCUCCUCUGCUGUGGAACCCUCGCUACUCCUCUCGACCCCGUUGUCGACCCGAUCUUGUUGGCUCUCGGCAUUGAUGUUGCCAACAUCGUUGGAUCCGUUGGUCUCUUCUGCCACGCAUACGAGAAAUCUAGCUGUGAUACCGAGCCCCAGUGCUGCACCGAGGCCAACAUCCUGGGUGGCACCGUUGCCCUCGGAUGCGCGGAUCUGAAGAAAUAG